ACUGAAGACACAGCAGAGUCCCAGGCAGCAUCAGUCCACAGCCGGCACAAUGAAGUCAGCACUCAUCGCCCUCCUGGCCUGCCUGCUUGUCCUCUGUGCACAAGGGCAAAGGCAACCUAAAACUAAAUGCAAAUGUCUGGAUGGUGCCAUCGAUCAUAUCAACCCAAAACUCAUCACGGAUUGUCAGGGAUACGACUCAAGUCCUUUCUGUCCAAAGGCGGAGCUUAUUGUUGUGACAAAGCAUACCAGGAAAUGUGUGAAUCCAGAGUCCCCAUUUGGCAAGCGGAUCUUUCAGAGAUGUAAGGACAGGGUCAAUGGUGUGAGCCCCAACAUUCCCAGCCAGCCAGCAGCAGUGACCGUGACCUCAUCAGCCGCCCCCACAACAUCUAAGCUGUAGCUCUGUGGGAGAACAAUCACCUCAGCCUUUGCACUGAA